GUUGAAAUCACUAGCGCUUACUACAGAAAACAUGGCGUCUUCGACGCAUUUUCUUUGAUAUUUCGUGUAAUUUUUGAGUAAAAAAAAACAAAUUGUAUUAUCAUUUCUAAUUUAAACUAGCUUGUACUGUGAUAAACGUGUUGCGUUAAGGCUUAGGUUAUCAUCCCAGUGACUGCUACGCAGGCCAGUGCGAUGUCGUGGCGAGGCCGUGACGAGAGGAACACCAGGUGGGGCGAGGACGACAGGUGGGCGGAGGGCCGGCCGCGCUCGCCCGUGUGGGAGCCGCGGCGCAGCGCCAGCCCCGAGCGCCGCGAGCCGCGCGUCGAGCGCCACCACCACGAUCGGUUCGACCGCGAGCGCGAGCGCUACGACCGCGACCGCGACGACGACCGCGAGCGCCGCGACCGCUACCGCCGCGAGCGAUACGACCGGCCGCGCGACCGCGAUCGCCGCCGCGACGGCAAGCGACACGACGACCGUGACGUGCCGCCGCCGCCCUCGCCGCCCCACAUCAGCGACGUCGAGCGCAGGCCCACUUCCCGCUCGAGCAGCCGCUCGGGCAGUCGCGACCGAAUGGACUUAGAUUACGAGAGCAAGUACGACACUAGAGACAAACACGAUGAUAACCAGACAAUCAACGCCUCCCCGGGGGAUUGGUUCUGCAAGUGUGGACUGUACAACUUCAAGAGGCGACAAGUGUGCUACAGACGAAACUGUCAAGGAAAGAGGUCAGAUGGCAUUGUCUAUGGUGGUGAUAGUGAACGGAACAUUCUGUCUGAAAGUGCAGGCAUCACAAAACGGUUGUUGUUCAGAAGACUGGACGCUUUAACUACUGAAGAGAAAAUAUUAGAGGUACUGAAGGAAAGAUGCUCAAAGACUGUUUUAGAUUCCAUUGCUGGUAUCACAAUUGGCAGAGAGACUCUGACCGGGGCCUCCAAGUGUUUAGCUUAUAUUAACUUUAAUUCCAUUGCUGAUUCCACAGCAGCUCAUUCAGAAUUGGCCUCUCUGCAACCUCCUUUAGAAAUUGAUGGCCGUGAAGUUCUUGUUAGUUUUUAUAAUGAACCAAAGAAAAUUUCAAAACCCCCUAGUGCUGACUAUUCAUCUUACUAUGCUCAAAUGUCUAACUAUAGUUCAUCAGCACAGGCCAUGUCUGAGGCGGACCGAGUAAACGCGGCCGCUGCCGUUGCUCAAUCAGCUAUAUCAGCUGCUCAGGCCCGCCACAUGGCCUGGACACCCGUCAGUGUGCCAGUUUUUGUGUCUUCCACUACUCAGUCAGCUCCCACAGUUAAAGCCCCCACAGGUGAUGGUAAGACUGUGUAUUCUCCCCCUGAUGUAAGGACUUUUAUGUAUGAUGAGACUUCCGGUUACUACUAUGACCCAGCCACGGGCUUGUACUAUGAUGGUACAAGUCAGUACUUCUACAACAGUCAGACAAGCCAGUACAUGUACUGGGAUGCCACCAGCAGCACAUACAUAGCUGCCACACAGGCUCAGCAGAACACUGAGCAGCCUAAAUUGCCAAACCCACCCACGGCUACCACAGAGAACACAAUAGCUAAAGAGCCAGAGGAAAAGAAGAAGAGGGACAAGGAAGACAAAGUUAAAGUUGCCAAAAAGAUAGCUAAAGACAUGGAGAGGUGGGCGCGGACCUUGAACCAAAAGAAAGAGAAUGCUAGGAGUAAUAUUGUAAUGGAGCAGCCCCUGGACAUGGGUGCCAGUAAAGGCUCUGCAGACAUUGGUUUCUCAGUGUUAGGGUCUGGACCUUCUUUAACUCACGUUAGGGAACUGUCUCCCCCGCCAUCCGGCGACGAGUUCCUGAUGAAGAGGGUGUCAGAUGCCGAGCACGCGUUCGACAGCGAUGAAGGCAUCAUAGACUGGGCCAAACUGACCUGCCUCAUUUGCAAGCGUCGCUUCCCGUCCGCUGAAGUGCUCAACAAACACAAAUCACUAUCAGACUUGCACAAACAGAACCUGCUGGAGUACCGCAAAAAGAAUGAAUUAAUUCCUCAAAUGAAUGGCUACAGAGACAGGGCGGCUGAGAGGCGAAUGAAAUUCGGUGAAGAUGAAACCCCUAUUAUAAGAAAGCGCUAUGAGCCGCCAGACUCGAUGCCUCCGCCCAUCGCGCCGCACCCACCGCCCUCCGUCGUCGACACGAUUGGAGGGAAAAUGCUGCAAAAAAUGGGCUGGUCUGAGGGUAGAGGUCUAGGUAAAGAGGAGCAGGGCAGGAUCGCCCCCAUAGAAGCCGAACAGAGGCCAAGCUUGGCAGGCCUCGGCCAGAAGAGAGGCAUUUAUACUCCAACCCCUGGGGAGACAUACAGAGACACAGUCAAAAAACUAAUGAUUGCCAGAUAUAAAGAGGUUGUCGGUCAAGAGGAAGGGAAAUAGAUGUCGGCGCUCAAUGCUUCUUCUGAGGGUCGACACUCAGAACUCUCGACGUCCUACAUGGUAAGUAUUGAUUCUGGUUGAAUCACGCUACAAUGUACACUAACGCUAAUUUUUCCACAGCUUGCUACAGGUAAAUGUAUUACAUGAUGAAACAGUCUGGGGGUCUUACACUCCAUGUUCCGAGUCUACUUUGACGGCCAGUGGAGGCCCAUUCAAAAUUUUACUCCAAAUGUGUUUGUUUAUGAGUAUCAAGAUUUUUAGCUCUCCAGAAUAAGGUGAAAUUUGUCUGCAUUGAUGUGUUGAUUUAGGAAAAUUUGUUGUGUUUAGAGCAAAGCUGCUAUUUUUCAUUGAUUUAAAUGUGUCUCAAGUCCAAAAGUUUAAAUUAUAGAAUACAAGUAAGUCAGUAUUGAUUUUAGCCGGCAGUUUAGGAAAUGUAUUUAUCGUGCUGUGACCUUUGCAAACUAGGUAGCAUUCAAGGAUUAUUACAAUGAAGACUGCAACCCAUAAAGUUAAUUUAUGACAAGCUCAAUAUUUCCUUUGUCUUUGAAUACCUGCAACGAUAACGGGUAAUGUUCAGUACUAAAUAGUAAAGUCGUACGAGCCGAAGCAAGGAAGACCCGGACGUAUGGACACGAUGUGAUAGACUGUGACUGUAGUGUUGUGUUUGAAGAAACGGUGUCUAGACCGACCCACGGCUCAUUACUGAUGAAUGUGACCAUUUACGUUACAGAGACUACAUGCCAGACCCCGCUGCGAGUUGCCAAACAUUAUAACAAACCUGUAUACUCAUAGAUAUAUAGAUACUAGAACACACAUUGUGAGAUUACAAAUGAAAAGCAAUUUUUUAAGUAGAGAUGUGCUCUCCUUAGCCCUUAGUAUGUAAAACUUAAUGUCUAUUUUUUUAUUUAUAUUUUUAAAGAAUUAUAUUCAAAAUGUUUAGUUGUUAUGUUCGUGUUCAUAGCUAGUUGAAUUGUUAAAGUAUAUUCAUAUUUGAAGACAAUGAAACAUACAUUGCAUUUAUUUUAGUUUGUUAAUUAUCUUAGAUAGUAAUUGGCAGUCUACAUUAAGUAAUUGUGGCAGGGUGGUCAAUGACUUAUUCACUAAUUAAGCUCCUAAUUGUUGGAGAUACUUUGAUUUAGGUACAAUUAAUUGUGAGUGAUGUGUUUUUGCUAUUUUACAAAUGAUUGUAGAUUCUAAAUGGUCAUCGAUUUGAAGAACGCAAUAAUAUUAGUAUUAACUAUAACAAUAGUAUCUAAACUGUUUGACAACUAAGUCUGCUCCACCCAGAAAUAAAGUAGGAUUUAUCUAGAAAUCUAGAAUAUGAACUAAUUUUAGGGAAUUUCCAUAUUUUAAAUAUUAUAGAGACUUAAUUUGUUUUUAGAUAAUAGAUGAUAAUCCCUCAACAAACUCCAUUUAUUUACAAUAUUAUAGGGAUGUUAUUAUAUUAUACACUUUGAUAAUGUAUAGGGACCUCUGAUGCGUACAAAACACACUUAUGUUACGUUUCGCCGCAAACCUAAUAUCUAAACCAACACGAUUGUUACCACAGUUAACAUUAUGCUAUUUUCUUCGCUUUGAUGGCCAUUUCACCGCGUACUGAUUACACAGUGACUAUUAAUGAAACCGUUGUACUCAUUUUAUGGCUCAAUGGCUAUGCUCGUGCAUUUGAACAAAAUAUUUAAUGAGCGUAUAAUCAAUUGGAUAGUUUAACUACGCCUUACAAGCGUAAACUAUUCGAGUGGUGAUAGAUGUAAUUACAUGUCUAGUGACCUAAUUACAUACAAAAAGUAGAAAAUUGUUAGUUGUGUGAGCGGCAUAACAUAACGUGAUUAUGUUUUGUUUCGUCCAUAAAUUAGUAUACAAUCAUGUUGUUGAUAAUGAAUGAGCAGUAAUUAAUUAAGUAAUUACACACGAUACAAUUUUGCAGGUUUUUUAGAUUGCUUAAGUUUUUAUUGAGCAUCAAUAUAAAAGGUUACAAUGAAA